CCGCGGCGCCCGAUUCCCGAUUUCCAUCAAACCUGUGUCCCGUUUGGAUUAACCUGAACCAGAGGCCGCGGAGGGAAACACGGCCCCGGGCCCCGGGCCCCGGCCCCCGGCCCUCGGCCCAUCUACAGCUUUUGGUGGAAGAUGGCCCGAUUCCUGACCCCUGUGAUCCAGGAUAAUCCGUUUGGAUGGGGACCGUGUGCAGUCCCAGAACAGUUCAAGGACAUGCCAUACCAGCCAUUCAGUAAGGGGGACCGGCUGGGAAAGGUUGCUGAUUGGACGGGAGCCACGUACCAGGAUAAGCGGUAUACCAAUAAGUACUCCUCCCAGUUUGGUGGGGGCAGUCAGUACGCCUACUUCCACGAGGAGGAUGAGAGCAGCUUCCAGUUGGUCGACACGGCCCGCACCCAGAAGACUGCAUACCAGAGGAACAGGAUGCGCUUUGCUCAGCAGAGAAACAUGCGACGUGAGAAGGACCGGCGCCAGCUGCUGCAGUUUAACAUGCAGACACUUCCGAAAAGCGCCAAGCAAAAGGAGAGGGACCGUCUGCGGCUGCAGAAGAAAUUUCAGAAGCAGUUUGGCGUGCGACAGAAAUGGGACCAGAAAAACCAGCUGAAGCCAAGAGAUUCCUCUGUUGAAGUGCGCAGUGACUGGGAGGUGAAGGAAGAGAUGGAUUUCCCUCGGUUGAUGAAGAUGAGGUACAUGGAAGUGGCGGAACCCAGUGACAUAGAGUGCUGCGGUACACUGGAGUACUAUGACAAGGCCUUUGACCGAAUCACCACCCGCAACGAGAAACCGCUGCGAAGCAUCAAGAGGAUUUUCCACACUGUCACCACCACCGACGAUCCCGUCAUCCGGAAGCUGGCCAAGUCUCAGGGCAAUGUGUUUGCCACCGAUGCCAUCUUGGCCACUCUGAUGUGCUGCACCAGGUCGGUCUACUCAUGGGACAUCAUCGUGCAGCGGGUUGGAUCCAAACUCUUCUUCGAUAAACGUGACCACUCCGACUUUGACCUCCUGACAGUCAGUGAAACUGCCAACGAGCCGCCUCAAGAUGAAGGGAAUUCUUUCAAUUCUCCCCGUAAUCUGGCCAUGGAGGCCACUUACAUCAACCACAACUUCUCUCAGCAAUGCCUGAAGAUGGUGAGGAAGGGGACAUCAAACGAUGGCGUAGAGAAGUACAAGUUCCCGAAUCCAAACCCUUUUGUGGAAGACGACGUAGACAAAAACGAGGUGGCUUCAGUGGGAUACAGGUAUCGGAGGUGGAGGCUGGGCGAAGACAUUGAUUUGAUUGUGCGAUGUGAACACGAUGGGGUCAUGACGGGUGCUAACGGCGAGGUCUCUUUCAUCAACAUCAAGACGCUGAAUGAAUGGGACUCACGGUACUGUAAUGGUGUGGACUGGCGUCAGAAGCUGGACUCUCAGAGGGGAGCUGUUCUUGCCACAGAGUUAAAGAAUAACAGCUACAAGUUGGCUCGGUGGACCUGCUGUGCGUUGCUGGCUGGGUCGGAAUAUCUCAAACUCGGGUAUGUGUCCCGAUUCCACAUCAAGGACUCAUCUCGCCACGUGAUCCUGGGCACCCAGCAGUUCAAACCCAACGAGUUUGCCAGUCAGAUUAACCUGAGCAUGGAGAACGCUUGGGGUAUCCUCCGCUGUGUCAUUGACAUCUGCAUGAAACUGGAUGAAGGGAAAUAUCUCAUCCUGAAAGAUCCUAACAAGCAAGUGAUUCGUGUCUAUAGCCUCCCCGAUGGGACCUUCAGCUCCGAAGAGGAUGAUGAGGAGGACGAUGAGGAUGACGAAGAGGAAGAUGGGACACAGUGAUAGUCACCAUGUCCUGCCAACGCUAGAUUCCAAUUUUACCCAUGGUGCAGCAAGGCUAAGGAUGAAUACAAGCGGUUCAUUGUACACUCACUCAAAACAAACACCUGCUUUGGUGUUUUUAACCUAAACCUGAACUCCUGUUGGUGUAGGGGUAGUGCUUCUCUGAUACAUCAGCCCAGUGGUCUCUAUCUGAACCUUGUGGAUCAGUGUGAGAACAUGUCCGCACUCUCUUUGUACAUGCGCUCGCUCUCUCUCUCUUCUCUUCUCCUCCCUCCCUCCCCCACCCCCCCCCCCCCCCUCCCCCCAUCUCUCAUUCACUCACACUCCUUCCUUCGCUCUGUGCAUUACCUGCUGUGCGCAUCUAACUCCAGUUAGUCCAGUCCAGGUCAGUUAUUGGGGCACUUACGGAGGAUGCCUCCCUUGGAAUCCUAUGUCCCUUGAAGUUGUGUGUUUUCUAUGAUUGAAUCUCCCACAGCUGCUUCCUCCAGGCCUGUGCUGGGGGACUAGUGGGACACACUGAUGCCCUGUGACUGAGCUGGUGUAUUGUGGGCUUUAAAUUUGACCCUCGACCCCAGAUGAAUUUUCAUAAACCAAUGAAUAGGAAAAUACAGAAUGUUCUGAACUGGAGUAGGGGAAGCAUGUGUUUAAAAUCCUAUAAAGUAAGUUGGAAACAAAUAUAGGGACGAAUAAUCAGAUCUGUUGGAUAGGGGGUUGUAGAUGCAUCGAUGGAUAUGUUGAACGUUAGAGAUGGCUGUGGGCUCACAACUCAACUCUAUGGGGAGUUUUUUUAUUCUCGUACUCUCCUGCUGUUAGACAUUCCUCUGUUAAUUUAUCCUCGUUCUUGUCCAAGUAGCCCCCUGCACCAACCCAACUCCCAUAAGGGAAUGAGAUGAGGUAAGCGUGUUCCAUCUCCUGGAUUUCUGAUCUCCCACUUGCUCCGAUUACAGGGUGCGGAAACUUUGUAAAUCUGAUGCCAGCCUCUUUUGGAAGGAGUUCAUUCUGACCGGUUUUGAAGCUGUUUAGGGAGGGAUUGAGUCUGUGUAUAAUAAAAAUGACAAAAUAUUG